CGCAGGUGCGAGGCGCGGGCGGGCGGGCGCCGGUGUGCUGCCUUCGCCUCCGCCGCUUUGCCCAGCAGCAGCCACCCCGCCCAGUGACCAUGAUAGUGUUUGUCAGGUUUAACUCCAGCCAUGGUUUCCCCGUGGAGGUCGAUACUGACACCAGCAUCUCCCAGCUCAAGGAAGUGGUUGCUAAGCGACAAGGAGUUCCAGCUGACCAACUGCACGUGAUUUUUGCAGGGAAAGAGCUUCUGAAUGAACUGACGGUGCAGAGCUGUGACCUGGAGCAGCAGAGCAUCGUACAUAUUGUGCAGAGACCAUGGAGAAAAGGUCAGGAAGGUCAGGAGACAAAUGCAUCUGGAGAGCACAAACCCCGGAACACACUGGGCAGCUCUGCACGGGAGCCAAAGAGCUUGACCCGCGUGGACCUCAGCAGCUGUGUCCUGCCAACCGACUCCAUAGGGCUGGCAGUCAUCCUGGACCAGGAAAGCAGGAAUGAGUCAACAGCAGGCAAAUCAAGUUACAACAGCUUUUAUGUCUACUGCAAAGGCCCGUGUCAGAGAGUGAGGCCAGGAAAGCUCCGGGUACAGUGCAGCACCUGCAAGCAAGCCACUCUCACCUUGACCCAGGGUCCAUCAUGCUGGGAAGAUGUCUUAAUUCCAAACCGAAUGGCAGGCGAGUGCCAGUCUGCAGACUGCCCCGGAACCAGAGCAGAGUUUUUCUUUAAAUGUGGAGCACACCCGACCUCCGACAAGGAUACAUCAGUAGCCUUGAACCUGAUCACAACCAACAGUCGAGACAUUACCUGCAUUACAUGUACUGAUGUCAGGAGCCCUGUCCUGGUUUUCCAGUGCAACCACCGCCACGUGAUCUGCUUGGAUUGUUUCCACUUGUACUGCGUGACGAGACUCAACGAUCGGCAGUUUGUCCAUGACCCUCAGCUGGGGUACUCUCUGCCUUGUGUGGCUGGCUGUCCCAACUCCUUGAUUAAAGAGCUCCAUCACUUCAGGAUUCUCGGAGAAGAACAGUACCGCAGGUACCAGCAGUACGCAGCGGAGGAGUGGGUGCUGCAGAUGGGGGGCGUGCUGUGCCCCCGCCCCGGCUGCGGGGCAGGGCUGCUGCCCGAGCAGGGCCAGAGGAAAAUCACGUGCGAAGGCGACAACGGCCUGGGCUGCGGGCUUGUCUUCUGCCGGGACUGCAAGGAGGCAUACCACGAAGGCGGGUGCAGCGCGCUGUUGGCGGCCCCGGGCGCCACUGCUCAGGCCUACCAGGUGGAUGAAAGGGCCGCCGAGCAAGCCCGCUGGGAAGAGGCCUCCAAAGAGACCAUCAAGAAAACCACGAAGCCCUGCCCUCGCUGCAGUGUGCCCGUGGAAAAGAACGGAGGAUGCAUGCACAUGAAGUGUCCACAGCCCCAGUGCAGGAUGGAGUGGUGCUGGAACUGCGGCUGUGAGUGGAACCGCGUCUGCAUGGGUGACCACUGGUUCGACGUGUAGCGGGACAGCGCGCCGGCGCGGGAAGCUGGCCGCGCCGCCCUCACCUGCAGUCCCUGCCUUCAUUAGCCAUUUCUCUUCUUCCAGACACGCACACAGCACGCACACACGCACACACGCACGCACGCACGCACGUGCUCGCGCGCAAGCAUGGGCUGCGCGUUCUUUACCAAAUCACCAAAGCAACAUGACAGAAGUAAGUCUCUGGGGCUCCCUUCACCACACCCACAAAAGCAGCUGAGCCACUUCUGACCCCAGCCAGGGGCAUUUUCAGGAUCCGGGGUCAUGCAAAUAUCGGGGCUGAGAUGAAAGUGCAGACAGACCGUGUGCUUUGCACGGAUUCUCGUUUUUACAUAAUCCCACCCAGGCUGGGUCAGCACGGGUCAGAGAUCUCCUACCCUUAAAUUCCUGCAUUUUUCUUCCGCCAAUCGAGGAAGAAGCCAUUGGCGAGGUGAGAAGCAGUUGGGAGGACUGCUCCCAGGGGUUCAGUGCAAGACCCUCGCUUGUCUGGUUCUCAUCUGUUCCCAAAGGGCUCCAGGCAAGUGUUAGGAGGAUGUGUUUAUCCCCAAGGGUUCCACCUGUAUAAAUGGUGCUGAUGAAAUCUCUACCAUGUAUCCACCAAUCACUUGUCAACCAAGCGAGCCGCUGCAAAUGCUCAUUUGAAUGUUGACUGUUUAAAUUACAGGGAGGGAAGCAAAACUUUAUGUCAUUUCAGUUCAUUUAAUUAUUUGCAACUUUCAAAAUGAUAUUUUUUUUCUGAAAAUGUUACAAAGUCUAUAAUUUGAUUUUAAGUAUUCAUUUUUGCAGCCUGGAAAUCUAGCUCAUGUAUUUAGCUUUGUUCUAAAUUUAAUGGAUAAAGUGCCUAUAAAGGAGAAGCCAUUUUUUUAGAAGCAAUUUCAUGAUGCUGUUACAAUGCUAAUGGAGCUGCGGCUUGUUAAACAUAAUCUUCAUAGAUGGACCAUCUCCUGAACAAUCUAGGAAGGUGAGUCUGGGCAGGCCUUCUGCAUAGGUGGUCCUCCUCAGGCCACAGGUCCCAGAGCCCACACCCCCGACCCAAAGGUCCUGCCAGCACAGUCUUCAGCACAGGACCGUGAGCGCACACUGGGAUAUGGCUCUGCUUAACAUACAUCAGAUUUCACAGUGGAUUCACUUGCAAGGUUUCCUGUUUCUGAGGCACUUAUAACACAUCAAAAAAGAUGUUCACCAAGGACUGUAAUCUGCCUUUUCCAGCGCCCGGUGCACAGGGGAGAAAGUGUGACUGCUGCCUUUCUUUCUGAGUCUGGGCUGGCUGGCUUCUCAAACAUGUAGCUGAGGGUGGAGGGCUCACUGGCCCGGGCUCCCUUGGGACUCAGACACCUGGAAACCCUGAAGUCAGUCACAAGCUAUCCCACCAAAAGCCCUUAGUGAUGGGAAGAGAGGUGGCGACCUCAGAAAGUUUCCAGGUCAUCUCUUGAGGACCUAGGUCACCUCUCUCCCGAGUGGCCUUUGCCAGCCCAUUUCUUCCAGCCACUCUGGGAACAUUCCAUCCUCCUUUCUCCUUAGAAGCGUGGCAUUGGGUGAGACAAGUGGUUGGUCACACCAGCGUGAGCAGCUCUGUUAGACAUUUCAGCUGCUCCUCCUUGUCAGAUAUGUGCUCUAAAGCCAGCAUCCAUACAAGGAGAGGGGGUGGUCUAAAGCCACCAUCCAUACAAGGAGAGGGGGUGGUCUAAAGCCACCAUCCAUACAAGAGAGGGGGUGGUCUAAAGCCAGCAUCCAUACAAGGAAAGUGGGUGGUCUAAAGCCAGCAUCCAUACUAGGAGAGAGGGUGUCUUGUGUGUGAGACAGUGAGAGGCUGGCAGGGCCCGUGCAUCUCAGGGUCUUCACCUCCUCAGCCCAGGCAUGGGUGCGUUUCCUGGACCAGCCCAGCCAGGGACAGUCCCAAAUCAGGUGGCUCCUACCCGGCAAGUGAAGGGCACAGCAUUUUUUUUUUUUUUUAAUCGUUCAUUACUUUUUCUUUUGUGAUGUGGCUUCCAUCGAUGCCUCCUUCCGAGUCUUCACCAUGUGUAGGGUUAGGAAGGCUGGACAAGGUUUUCUGCUUGAGAUACUCAGAGUCCCCCGAGCUUGGUGACCCCUUCCAGCAUGGCUUCUUUCCUCGGUGAUUGUCUGUGUUCAUUUUGCAGAAUAGACUAGUUAUUCUUAAAAUAACUUAAAGGGAAAACAGCCACUGUGUAUCGACAUGAAUCACAGGCCACUAUGUGAGCACAAACAGUGGGUUCAAACAGGAGUGUCAAAAGAAUGGAAAUAAAAUCUUUGCAGAAGAAUCUUUAUUUUUCCCUAAAACUCAUUACAAAGUAUCUGAUGGCUGUAUCUAAGGUUUACUUAAGUUGUGAAUAAAAGAAUAAAAAGAGCUCUUAAGCCUGUCCUUGAA